AUGCUGCACAUGUUCAGAUGGAGACUUGACAUAGAGACAAUGCUGCACAUGUUCAGAUGGAGACUUGACAUAGAGACAAUGCUGCACAUGUUCAGAUGGAGACUUGACAUAGAGACAAUGCUGCACAGGUCAGAUAGAGACAAUGCUGCACAGGGCAAACCACAGCUUUCUGACUCUGAGGUGAAUGCCAAGUUAACAAAAAGGGUGCAGAAAGCUGUUAAAAAACAGCAUAGACAAGAGGAGCUAAAACGGUUACGACUGGCACAAGAGAUACAACGACAGUUACAGGAGGUGGAAGUCAAACAAAAACAGUUAGAAGUAAGAGGUGUUGAAGUUGAGAAGACAUUACGGGGCGAGUCAGAUGAAGUAUCUUCUUCACCUGAUGAAGUACCUUCUUCACCUGUGGGAGAAAAAGAUGAAACAGUUUUGAUGCAGGAAUGGUUCACAUUAGUGAAUGAAAAGAAUGCUUUGGUCAGAGUUGAACAAGAAUUAUCUAUAAGAGCCAAAGAAUUGGAGUUAGAAGACAGACACAGUAGAUUACAACAAGAAUUGAGAGACAAAAUGUCCACACAGGAUUCCAAGAAAAGCAAAAAGGAAUUAGAUGAAGAGAAAAAAUUGUUGGCUGAGAUGUUAGAAGUUGUUGAACAAAGAGAUGCACUUGUUGCUUUGUUGGAGGAGGAACGACUAAAAGAAAAAGACCAAGACAAAAGUAUUGAGACUGUUAUGUUGAAAAAAGGAUUUAAUAUUACUUCAGAGAAAAAGCAGAGCAUUGAAGAGCAGUGAAUAUUUACAUAAUAGUAUGACUGCAGUUGUUGCAUGAUUGGCUGAUUGUUGUCAUGUGAUGUUUCAAUUCAGUGAUUGGUUUUGUUAUAGAAGGCAUAUAUAUGUACUCAUACAUGUAUGUCAAUUUGAAAAAUAGGACAUUUUUGUGAUUUUUCAAAUAUCCAUUUUUUUUAAUCUAUUUUUUUUCUCAGAAGUGGUUUUGUUAAAGAUAAAUUUUUCAGCUUAAGAGACUUUCGUAAUAAUGUGCGUUUCUCUUAAUUUAUGCAUGUUGAUUUUACUCAUGUCACACCUAACUGGUAUAUGGCGCCCUCUACAGUCUGUUUCACCCCAGCCACAGAGGGCACACCUCAGAGCACAAAUAUUAAUUAAGCAUAGAUUCAAAUGUCCUUGUGGUUGAAUCUUAUCUGUAACACAUUGUUAUAGUUACUAGUGAAAAGUGUGGUGCUAAUUAUUUAUAUUUUAACAAUACUAGUGAAAACAAGCUUAGCGACUAACAAUGCUUUUAUGAAAGAAAUAGUAAUUUUGAAUUUAUGAAUGUUCUUAAUGAGCUAUUCAAUCAUGUAUUUUACAAUAAUCUAGCAUACUACUUCCAGUCAUCUCACCCUCACUGCCAAUAUACUUGUUUCAAAUAAUCUCAAUUUGAUUAAACUUUUUGAUUAACUUUUUUUCCCAUAUAUUUUAUUUCAAUUUAUUUACUGGUCAAGUUUUGGUAAUUGCAAAAGCCAAAAUCAGUUAGAAAAUAAUAAAUUGAAACAAAAUAAAAUAGAAAUAUAUGAAAAAAUAAAUACAUAUUGAAUGAAAAUAAAAAAGCCCAAACUAAGAUCUAAUUUUAAUCAGACUGAAGGUAACUGUGUAAUGUGUUUGAAAUGAACACCAAAAGAUUUUUUUUUAUAAAUUGAGAAUUGUCUGGAAAAACAGUUUAAUUCAGACAGGUUAUGGCUUUUAAUAACGCUAUGUAGUUUAUCUAGAUUUACAUUUAAUAUAAAGUGUAUUUGUGUGUUAAAUUGUGUAUACUUUCAAAUUUGUAUUUCCUUAUU